CGCUGGCUAGAUUGACAGCAAACACAGCUGCGCGUCCACCCCAGCUAUAUAAGGGUGCAAUAUGCCUCGAAUUCCGUAACCAUGGCUGCUACAGGGUGCGUUCUGCCACUAUUCUACCUUAUUGGCGUUGUGAUGCCCGAGGUGCACCACUUCUCUACAAGCCCUUGGCUUUGCCAUCGUUUCAUUUCAGCGAUACCUACAUUUUACGCAAGACAGUGCACUUUUCCGUGCCGCCUGAUUUCCGAAGAUGCUGAUUUUCGUAGCACACCUCCAAUAAUCUUUCAGAUGGAGCAGGACGGGACGCCUUGCACUGCCUUCAGCGAAUUCACUGGUGAGCACCAGGCUGGUCACUGCAUUAGGGGCACCUGCGUGCCACUACAAGCUCAUCAUGCGCUGAAGCGGCAGAAGCGGUCUUUGCUUCUCACUCUCACAGCAGUUCACGCGGUAAAGAAGCUUAAAGAAGCGAUUGCCAGUCGCCGAGAAGGGUGAUAUCUGGAAGUAAAGACAGGCGCUCCCAGUGACGGCAAAAUUGAAAAGAAGUUACGUGACAAAUAGCUGACAAAACGAACACAACUUCAAGAGCGAAGCAGAUUGGAUUCAUACAUAAGCUGAACAAUUGUUAUCUGAACGUUACUGUAUGUUCAAACAGUAACUGUAUGUAAUUGUACAGAUACCAUAAGGGAGAAAAAUUAAUUUCGCAUAGAAGGGCUGGCCUUCAUUCGGAAACAAUAUGCAGUCAGGGACACGGACAUGAGAUAAUUAAAGGGAGAUUAGAGAUAAGGACAGGGCAAUUAGACAGGGAGAUGUCGGUGCCGAGGAAAACGUGGUUCAAUUUUCCCUUUGACAUUAAGUGUACUGGGUGACUAAGUUCUUUGAAAGCCUAACAGGAACACAGCAGAUGAACCACCACAGUGACUUCCAUAGAGGUGGAGUUGCAGCAGAUUUGUCACAUUAACGAAUGCAUCACAAUAAAAUUUUCUAAAUGCAUCUCAGUAUACUUUAAAACUGUGUGUUCG